GAAAAGUGAGGUCUUGCUUUCUGCUUCUCUCACUAUUAAAUGAUCGUUUGCUAACUUCUGUAUAAAGACCAGUAUCCUGGGUCUUGCCCGUAGCCUUAGAGAACAAUUAAUUACAGAGCGUAUGCUGCAUCGCUGUUUUCUGAAAGAGCCUCUGCAAUCAGUAUGUUUGUUUUAUCUGUUUCACAUGCAAGGAAGCAGCACAAAAAUCUGUGUCAACCACUUCCUCAUAGAGGCUGUGGGAGGAAGGAAGGGUUGGCAGGCAGAUAACGAUAUUUGUCAGAUGGAGAGCAGGUAACUGGGAAGAAAGCAUGCUGUUGGAGGAGGGUAUGGCUUGGCAGGAGAGCUCUUGUAGGUUGAGUCCAGUGCUUUCUGGAGCUGCUGUGCCACUGCAGCAGGGGUCUGUGGGAUGCGGCUGGACAGUGCUCAGGCAAAACUGCUCUCCACCACUUGCCUCGGGUACCCUGGAACAGGUACGAAUGCUUUCUUUUGGCCUGUACUGCCCCACCAGGAAAGCGAUAGGACUUCCCCAUCCCAUCUGACUAUACCUUUCACCUAGUGAAAUACUUUGUGGCUUGGAGAAUUGAGAAAUGGCUUUCUUAAAGGAGGUGAAGAGCUCCUCAUGUAUAAGGCAGUGGCAGUCAGUUCCUAACUGUGGAAUCCAUUAGGCCUUUGGUGAAAUCCGUUUUUGGUAGCCAAGCCGAGACCUGAGUGCAUCAUGGACACUGUGUUGUCGUUCUUCUGUCUGGCAGAACUGGCAGGGGCUGGUGGUGGGGUUGGCAGAGAUGCUAGUGCAGUCCUAGUUCCAGAGCUAGAGAUGUUCUCUCUUGUUGAUCUGAACUCUUUGGUGGGCACUCAGUUUCCUUUAAAAAAUAAACCACGUGGAUUUUGUUCUUAAACUGAGGGAGAGGAGGACUAUUAAGAUGAAGUUCUUUACGGCUGUCCCAUGCUUUGCAGAAAAUGCUCUAAAGGGGAGCUGGACAGUGCCUGCUAGAGUUAAUUCUGUUUAAAAAAUCCUCCUUCACCUAAAGGCCUGUUUGUCAUCAAGAAGGAACCUCUUCAACAGUCUAACUCUGCAAGUGAUGGGCUCGGAGAAUAGUGCUUUAAAGAGCUACGCACUAGAAGAACCACCAUUUACGCUGCCAACUGGACACACUAUCUACCCCGCUGUGCUGCAAGAUGGCAAACUUGCUUCAGUCUUUGUGUACAAGAGAGAGAAUGAAGAUACAGUUAAUAAAGCUGCCAAGCACCUGAAAACCUUGCGCCACCCUUGCCUUCUGCGCUUCCUUUCCUGUACUGUGGAAGCAAAUGGGAUCCACCUGGUUACAGAACGAGUGAAACCUUUGGAGACGGUCCUGGACACACUCUCUUCUGCAGAGAUCUGUGCAGGGAUCUACGAUGUGUUGCUGGCUCUCAUCUUCCUCCAUGACAGGGGAAACUUAACACAUAACAAUGUCUGUUUAUCAUCUGUCUUUGUAAGUGAGGAUGGGCACUGGAAACUGGGAGGAAUGGAAACAGUCUGCAACUUUCAUGAAGCCACUCCAGAGUUCCUCUGUCAUGUGAAGUCUGUGCGAGACCAGUCGUGCAUCCCUUGUGAAGAGAUAUCUGCAGAUUUCAAAAUUCUGCCCAACAGCCAUGGGUAUGCACGAGAUGCCUACGCGUUUGGAAUGAUGGUUGAAAAUCUCCUGACUGUCCUAAAUGAUCAGGUUUCAGCAGAUAUUCUCUCCAGCUUUCAGCAAACAUUGCACCGUACACUGCUGAAUCCAGAUCCAAAGUGUCGUCCACCACUGUCAAGCUUACUGUCUCAUGAGUUCUUCAGGAAUGACUUUCUGGAAGUUGUGAACUUUCUGAAGACCUUAACACUAAAGUCUGAGGAGGAAAAAACUGAAUUUUUCAAAUUCCGGCUGGACAGAGUGGCCUGCUUAUCAGAGGAGCUGAUAGCAUCACGGCUGGUGCCUCUCUUGCUCAAUCAGCUUGUGUUUGCUGAACCUGUAGCUGUCAAGAGUUUUCUUCCUCAUCUGCUGGGUCCAAAGAAAGAGCAAAUUGGAGAAAGCCAAACCAACUGCCUCCUGUCACCAGCCUUGUUCCAGACUCACGUGAUCCCUGUGCUGCUGAAACUAUUUGAGGUUCAUGAAGAGCAUGUUCGAAUGGUGUUGCUGUCUCACAUUCAUGCCUAUGCAGAACUGUUCUCUCGGGAAGAAUUGAAAAACAUCAUAUUGCCACAGGUAUUGCUGGGCCUUCGAGAUACCAGUGACUCUAUUGUUGCAAUAACACUGCACAGCUUAGCAGUUCUCGUCUCCCUGCUUGGACCUGAAGUAGUUAUAGGUGGUGAAAGAACUAAGAUUUUCAAAAGCUCUGCACCAAGUUUCAUGAAAACUGCUGAUCUCUCUCCAGAAGACUCCCCCACUCAUGUUGUAAGCAAUCGGAGAAAUCCAGCUUCUCGGCCCUUGAAGAAUACUUCUAGUUUGUUCCCCAUCUCUGGAAAUGUACCUGUCAAGAAACAUUCCGUGCAACAAGACAAUCCACUGUCUUUAAAGACAGGUCAGCAAGACACUCAGCUCCCCCUGAAUGGAGUUCCUGGAAGCAUUAACACACUAGGGAACAGCAGGAGCUCUUUGACUGCCUCUGAAAAGCCAGCAGAGGAGUGGCCAGACUGGAGCGAGUCAGAGGAGACAGACACGGAGAAAACUGUGAACAUCCAAAUUCAGCCCCGAGAGUCAGAGGGCAGAACAGGACCUUACUUCACUGAGCAUGAUGUUGAUGAGAAGCCGUGGGAUGACUUUGAACCUAGCAGCCCUAGUCCUGAGCUGUCCUCAGGAACCUGCCUCACUGUGACACAAGCUGAUGCAGUUCAAAUGCAGAGGCCUCUGCCAGGGAUCCAUCCACUGAGCAAAGAAUUUAAAAGCCUCAAACUGAGUUCUCCCCCAAAGUCCUGCCCUGGGAGUAGCUGGAGCAAUGACAAGUGGGACCACCAGGAACAACUGGGAGAAACUUUUCAGGAAAGGUCAAAGUCUUCAUCAGAGUCUGGCCUAGGAGAAGAGUUCACUAUCCAAGUGAGGCGAAAACCAGUGCAAGACCCUGAGCUGGACUGGUUUGCUGACAUGAUCCCAGACAUUAAACCAUCUUCAGCAAUCUUGAUUUUACCUGAAGUGAGGACAGACGCAGUUGUUCCCAGUCUCUCUGGUGCAGUAUUCAGCAGAGAAGGUGCCUCCCAGAAUAUGCUGUUUUCAUCCAAAUUUGCAGCAAUUGAUGUUACUGAGGCUGAAGCCACAGGCUGGGGUGAAGAAGAAGAGUUGAACUGGGAAGAUGAUACUAACUGGUAAUGGGACUGAAAGAGACAAAAGCUUUAUGGCGUGUUGGAUUCUGUAAGAGAAGUCAUUGCUUCUACAAUAUCAUGGAUAAGUACCUCAGCGCUGCUUUAGCUGGAAGGCAGGCACUUGCUGCGGCAGUCAGCAAGAUCUCCCAUAGGGCCUGAUCCCUUCCUUGCAAAGGAUGCUCUGUUCUAACCUGUGCCAAAAACUGCAGGGGUGAGGCCUGCACUCAAGCAAUAUGCCCAGCUGUGGUGCGUGCCACUGCUACUGGAAGGAGGAACAAUCUGAAUGGUGUGUUGGUGCUGAUGUGCUGCUGGAGGAUGAGUGGUGUAAGCUAUUCUGUUCCAGAAAUCAUCGCUGCUCUGAAAAACUGAUGACAAUAAAUGAAAGUUACAUUCA